AUGGUAAACAAAGACAUGAAUGGAUUCCCAGUCAAGAAAUGCUCAGCCUUCCAAUUUUUUAAGAAGCGGGUACGAAGAUGGAUCAAGAGCCCAAUGGUCAGUGUGGACAAGCAUCAGAGUCCCAGCCUGAAGUACACGGGCCCCUCGGCCGUCCACGUGCCACCAGGGGAACCAGACUUUGAGCCUUCCUUGUGUCAGACGUGCCUGGGAGACCAUGCUUUCCAAAGAGGGGUUCUCUCUCAGGAGAAGGAGUCGUGCUCGUGGGAAACUCAGUCCGGGUGUGAAGUGAAAGAGCCAAGUAAUCAUGCCAACAUCCUGACCAAGCCUGACCCAAGAACCUUCUGGACUAAUGAUGACUCAGCUUUCAUGAAACAGAGAAGGAUGGGCCUGAACGACUUUAUUCAGAAGAUUGCCAAUAACUCCUAUGCAUGCAAACACCCUGAAGUUCAGUCCAUUUUGAAAAUCUCCCCACCUCAGGAGCCUGAGCUUAUGAAUGCCAACCCUUCUCCUCCACCAAGUCCCUCUCAGCAAAUCAACCUGGGCCCAUCAUCCAAUCCUCAUGCUAAACCGUCUGACUUUCACUUCUUGAAAGUAAUUGGAAAAGGCAGUUUUGGAAAGGUUCUCCUGGCAAGACACAAAGCAGAAGAAGUAUUCUAUGCAGUUAAAGUUUUACAAAAGAAGGCAAUCCUGAAAAAGAAGGAGGAAAAGCAUAUUAUGUCAGAGCGGAACGUGCUCCUGAAGAACGUGAAACACCCUUUUCUGGUGGGCCUUCACUUCUCCUUCCAGACGGCCGACAAACUGUACUUCGUCCUGGAUUAUAUCAACGGCGGAGAGUUGUUCUACCAUCUCCAGAGGGAGCGAUGCUUCCUGGAACCACGGGCUCGAUUCUAUGCUGCUGAAAUAGCCAGUGCCUUGGGUUACCUGCACUCUCUGAACAUCGUUUAUAGAGACUUAAAACCAGAGAAUAUUUUGCUAGAUUCACAAGGACACAUUGUCCUUACUGACUUUGGACUCUGCAAGGAGAACAUUGAACAUAAUGGCACGACUUCCACCUUCUGUGGCACGCCCGAGUAUCUGGCGCCUGAGGUGCUUCAUAAGCAGCCCUAUGAUAGAACGGUGGACUGGUGGUGCCUGGGGGCCGUCUUAUAUGAGAUGCUGUAUGGCCUGCCUCCCUUUUAUAGCCGGAACACAGCUGAGAUGUACGACAACAUUCUGAACAAGCCCCUCCAGCUGAAGCCAAAUAUUACAAACUCUGCAAGACACGUCCUGGAAGGGCUCCUGCAGAAGGACAGGACAAAGAGGCUGGGUGCCAAGGAUGACUUUAUGGAGAUUAAGAAUCAUGUCUUCUUCUCCCUAAUUAACUGGGAAGAUCUCAUUAAUAAGAAGAUUACUCCCCCUUUUAACCCAAAUGUGAGCGGACCCAGCGACCUGCGUCACUUUGAUCCCGAGUUCACCGAGGAGCCGGUCCCCAACUCCAUCGGCCGGUCCCCGGACAGCCUCCUCCUCACGGCCAGCGUCAAGGAAGCGGCUGAAGCCUUUCUGGGCUUUUCCUAUGCACCUCCCAUGGACUCUUUCCUCUGA